AUGUUGAAACCUCUCAGGACUGAAGUCCAAGAGACUAGAGCUUUGUCAAGCGACAAAGCAGAGAACCCCACUCGACCGAGGAGGGCCAGAUCUGUUGUCCUAUUACAUGUAAGUACUAGAAAUAUAGAUUCUCAUAAAAUUGAAUUAUGGCAGGGAAAUUUGGUGCCAAAUGCUUCAACAUUUCCAUCUGGAAUCAAGGCAUUAGCAGAUUAUGUCCACAGCAAAGGGUUGAAGCUUGGGAUUUACUCUGAUGCUGGAACUCGAACUUGUAGUGGGACUAUGCCUGGAUCCCUAGGCCAUGAGGAACAAGAUGCAAAGACUUUUGCUUCCUGGGGUAUUGACUACUUGAAGUAUGAUAAUUGUAACAAUGAUGGCACAAGUCCAAAGGAAAGGUAUCGAAAAAUGAGCAAAGCUUUAUUGAAUUGUGGGAGAUCCAUCUUCUUUUCUCUUUGUGAAUGGGGACAAGAAGACCCAGCCACUUGGGCUGCUGAAAUAGGAAAUAGCUGGAGAACAACAGGUGACAUCGAAGAUAAGUGGGAAAGCAUGACAUCACGUGCUGAUCAAAAUGACAAAUGGGCAUCUUAUGCUGGACCUGGAGGGUGGAAUGAUCCGGACAUGCUUGAAGUUGGAAAUGGAGGCAUGACAACAAAGGAGUAUCGUGCUCAUUUUAGCAUUUGGGCAAUAGCCAAGGCUCCUUUGUUGAUUGGGUGCGACAUUCGAGCAAUGGACAAUGUGACAUUAGAAUUACUCGGCAAUGAAGAGGUUAUCGCAGUCAAUCAAGACAAAUUGGGAGUUCAAGGGAAAAAAGUCAAGAAGGAUGGGGAUCUGGAGGUUUGGGCUGGUCCUCUCAGUGAUGGCAAGGUAGCUGUAGUUCUGUGGAAUCGAGGGCCAUCAAAUGCUAGGGUUUCUGCUAAUUGGUCUGACAUUGGCCUUAAAUCAACAACAGUGGUUGGUGCACGUGAUUUAUGGGAGCAAUUAUCAGAGUCAUUAGUGGACGAACAACUCUCUGCUAAUCUUGAGUCUCAUGCUUCUCGAAUGUACGUUUUAACUCCCCGAUAAAGCUAUGAUUGUCCAAGAGAACUGAAGGCUUCGCAGUUUGCAUUCAAUAAUAUUUGAACAAGACUUGUAAUUUCUAUUUUUUUUUUGUUGUCAUUUGUAUGGCUCGAUAAAUCCAAUUAUACAUAGUGGAGCUUUCCAUUUCGAAGCACCUAUAAAACUUAGUUUUACACCCUCCAACUACUUAUUAACAUCUAACGAUUCUUCAAUUUUAAAAAUAUACUAGACUACAAUUU